AGGAAGAGGAGGAGGAAGGAAAACCCUUCUCCAAAGGAGAGGACCAGCGCACAGCUUUUGCAAAAAUAAAGAAAAGCUUUCAAAACUGAUCUCCUCCAUGGCUUGGCAAAAACAAGCCAUCCAACUCAUCCAAAUCUAAGCUGCCUGUAGAUUUCUAUCUAUCUAUAUAUAUUUUUCUUGGAGGGGCAGGGUGACUUCCAAGACCAUCAUCCUCAGCUUCCUGGUCCUCAGGAUGCUGGAGAAGAUGGCUCGAGGCGCCUGGAGAUGGCAAGAAGGAGCCGACUGAGGAUGAAGGAUGCUCUGGCCACCGAGGCUGCUGAGGCUGAGGCUGAUGGUGACAAGAAGCCAGGGACAUCCCUGCCUUUUCUCUCCCUGACAGGUUCCUUUUUUAUUCCCCCUCUUCCCCCAUUAUUAUUUUUUUCCAGAUCCCUCUGAAGUGAGGCUCCCCCAUUCUGUGCUCUUGGCUCUUUUGGAAAAGGAUGCGCAAGAGGGGCUUUGAAAGCUGAAAUCUCCCUUUCCUCCUCCCCUGACUCCUUUCCUUCCACCAACCCCCAUCCCAUACCUCCCAACCUUUUCCUCUCCCUCAAAUUCUUCCCUUCAUCCCUUUUCUUUUCUGUCUCUCUCUCCCUCUCUCUCUCUCUGGGGAACUUUGUGGAAAGAAUCAGGAGGGAUGGCUUUGGAGCCCAGGAUGGCAGCUGGGCUUGGAGGUGCCAUGGAGGCUGUAAUGGUUUAGGAAGAAAGAGAGGGAGGAAGGAGAAGAAGAGAGAAAGACAGCUUGGAAGGAGUGGGUGAGGAAGGGGGGAAAAGGAGGAAGAAAGGCCACCAACACCCCCCCCACACACACACACACACAAGGACAGCAGCAAAAGCAACCACAGAACCCAUCAAGAGGAAGGAAAACACCUGGAAGAAAAGGGGGAUACCAUUACAGAUGACAAAAGGAUGGGUUUCCAGGUAGUUAAGCAGCUGAGAGGCAUGAGUGCAGUUUUCGUGCUCCUUCCAACUGUGCUAUUUGUGACGUUGACAGGGGCUCAGCGAGCCUGCCCCAAGAACUGCAGAUGCGAUGGCAAAAUUGUGUAUUGUGAGUCUCAUGCCUUUAGGGACAUUCCUCACAACAUUUCUGGAGGCUCUCAAGGCUUAUCGUUACGAUACAACAGCAUCCAGAAGCUUAAGCCAAAUCAGUUUGCAGGCCUUCACCAACUCAUAUGGCUAUACCUUGACCAUAAUUACAUCAGUUCUGUAGAUGAAGAGGCCUUCCAGGGCAUCCGUAGGCUGAAGGAAUUAAUUCUGAGCUCCAACAAAAUCACUCAUCUGUACAAUAAAACAUUUCACCCAGUCCCCAACCUCCGUAAUCUGGACUUGUCGUACAACAAGCUGCAGGCACUGCAGUCGGAGCAGUUUAAAGGUCUCCGCAAGCUCUUGAUCUUGCACUUACGGUCAAACUCAUUGAAAACUGUUCCAAUUCGAGUUUUCCAAGAUUGUCGCAAUCUUGAUUUCCUGGAUUUGGGCUACAACCGUCUACGGAGUUUAUCCCGCAAUGCUUUCGCUGGCCUCUUGAAGCUAACAGAGCUCCACUUGGAGCACAACCAGUUUUCUAAAAUCAACUUUGCUCACUUUCCACGUCUCUUCAACUUGCGCUCCAUUUACUUACAGUGGAAUAAGAUCCGAUCCAUUAGCCAAGGGUUAACAUGGACUUGGAGUUCCUUACACAAUUUGGAUUUAUCGGGAAAUGACAUUGCAGGGAUUGAACCUGGGACGUUCCAAUGCCUGCCCAAUCUGCAGAAGCUCAAUUUGGAUUCCAACAAACUCACCAAUAUCUCUCAGGAGACUGUCAAUGCCUGGAUUUCUUUGAUAUCCAUCACUCUGUCUGGAAAUAUGUGGGAAUGUACUCGAAGCAUCUGCCCUCUGUUUAACUGGCUUAAAAACUUCAAAGGAAACAAGGAAAGUACCAUGAUUUGUGCAGGCCCCAAGCAUAUCCAAGGUGAAAAGGUGAGUGAUGCUGUAGAAACCUACAACAUCUGUGCUGAAAUCCCAGUUGUUGUCACUGAGAAGCCCUACCAGGCACCUAAAACUCAGCAGAGGCCCAUUUUUAUUCCAAAACCCACGCUUCCCAAAUUGGAAGAUUAUCAGCCAACAUCAUUUACAGCAAGCCCUUCUCCAGAGUUCCCGACAUCUGGACCUGAACCUGAGUAUGAGCAUGUUUCCUUUCAUAAGAUUAUUGCUGGAAGUGUUGCCCUCUUUCUUUCCGUGGCUAUGAUUUUGUUGGUCAUCUAUGUCUCGUGGAAGCGUUAUCCAGCCAGCAUGAAACAGCUCCAGCAACACUCUCUUAUGAAGAGGCGCCGGAAAAAAGCCCGAGAGUCUGAAAGGCAAAUGAACUCCCCUUUACAGGAGUAUUAUGUGGACUACAAGCCUACAAAUUCCGAGACCAUGGAUGUAUCGGUUAAUGGAUCUGGACCCUGCACAUAUACCAUUUCUGGCUCCAGGGAAUGUGAGGUCCCUCACCAUAUGAAAACCCUGCCCUAUUACGGCUAUGACCAACCAGUAAUCGGAUACUGCCAGGCCCACAAACCCCUCCAUGUAAAUAAGGGAUAUGACACUAUCUCCCGGGAUCAGGCUGAAACCGCCAACUUGGAGCGGAGUCGAGACUUCAUUGCUACAAUCACACGUUCAGCGGCUCCAGCUAUAUAUAUUGAGAGAAUACCAAACUGAUGGAAUGUCUUUGCAGAGAAAUGAAAAGGAUUGUGUGGGAGGGUUCUUUUUUUCGGGAAGGGAAGGGGAACCUUUGAUUCAAGAGGAACGAGGAACAAAAAGAGUAACCAUUCCAGUUACCAGUAUUUCAGCUUCGACAACAGGAAAGGAGACAGUUACAAACUGAAUUUCUACCAUGGUCCUCAAACAAUCGAAUGACCUUGUCAUAUGAACUGGAGAACUUCAGGAUGUUCUUUGGCUUUAAACUGUUGAACAAACUUCUUGGUGUAAAUAUCAGAAAGAUUCUUGAGUUCUUAUAUAAAAACAAA